CGAUACAGGGAAGAUGUUGCUUACUUUUCCCCUUUCGCCCUAGUUGAUGUUCUUCACCCUUUUGCUCAAACGCAACCUCGCAGAAAAGCAUAUGGUGAGAAAUGUCGCUAAAUUUUCCCCAGAAACAGAAAGUAGGCAAUUUACUUGUUGGGGAUACAAAAUUUCCGAUGUUCCUCUUUUUCGUUUAUUGGGCCAAGCUUGAAAAUGUAUUGGGCCGAGCCCAGACCAGAAUGUAGAACAGCAACAAGUAUCUGGGCCCAGUCAAAACUGCUCGACUCGAACAGCAAUCAGUAACCGAGCUAGAUAAAAAAUUGCCCCACUCGUUCUCUGCAUCUCUCCGUCUUAGAAUUAGGCGGCAUUGUUCCGGGAAAGCCUGAACCCAAAGGCGAGAAAGCUCCGUUCUUUCUUCGGUUUGCUGAGCGACACCCGCAUUUGUACAAAGAGAUUUUUUUUCUUCUUCUUCUUCUAGGGUUUUGCCGCAUCCACCUGAAGGGCUUGCACCGCCGAAUCUCGACGGCUCUUCCCCUCUCCCCGGCUGAAAAAGGCGGCGGAUUUGAAACUCGUGCACUUCAGCUAGGUAUUGCUCUCUUGUUCUCUCAAUUUGAUGUUUGUGGCAUUGAGGAACUUUCGUCCUUCCAACAGAAUAAGUAGUUUUGACAAUUGUUUUUGGUAGGGAUGGGAGAGUUGUAUUGAGGGUCCUUGAACCUUGUUAACUAGAAUAACGUUAAGAUCAAUGAAUUGCUCCAUUGUAGCUAGAAUCAACCAUUUGUUAUCCAUGAAUGGGACUGUUGAUGCCAGCUUCUUUUCGUUUUGAAGCAGCCACUUUCCUGCCUUGUGUCCUGAAUCAUGAAGUUUCGUUUUUUGGGAUUUAGUUUAACUAGUCAUGUUUGCAGGUUUGGUAAUCAUGACAGCUGAAAAAGAGAACCCUCUGCCACCAUCAACUUUACCAGUAGCUGAAUCUUCAGCUGCUGUGUCUGAAGAUCAAACCAUGGUUGAUGCCAUCCUUGUUCAACCCGUUGUACCCCCACUAGUGCCACCUGCCACUACUCCAUUUGUGCCUCUCAUGGCUCCACUACCUACCCUUGCACCUCCUAUACCUCGCCCGUUAGCCCCUCUCCCUCCUCGCCCCGCUCUACCUAAACAUCAGGCACCACAGGAUGAUCAACCGGGAACAAGUGACUCAGAUUCUGACCAAGAUGAUUCGAGCCCAGCCGGUAAUGGGUUAACCGUAGGCUAUGAGGCUUCAGAAGAGAGCCUAAUUAUUCAAGAGAGGCAGCAAAAGGCAAUUCAGGAGCUCAUGAUGAAGCGCCGUGCUAAUGCUCUUGCUGUUCCGACCAAUGACAUGGCGGUCAGGACACGCCUUCGUAGGCUCGGUGAACCCAUAACACUCUUUGGAGAGAGAGAGAUGGAGAGACGGGAUCGUUUGAGAAUGCUUAUGGCGAAGUUGGACUCUGAAGGGCAGUUGGAGAGGUUGAUGAAAGCUCAUGAAGAAGAGGAGGCUGCAUCGACCUCAACGGGACAAGAUGCUGUGGAAGAAAUGCUUGAAUACCCGUUUUAUACAGAAGGAUCCUGGGAACUCCAUGAGGCCAGAGUCAGCAUUGCUAAAUAUUCGGUUGUGAGGGCGGCAAGGCGGCUUCAGAGUGCCAGAAGGAAACGUGAGACCCCAGGGGAAGAUGAAGAUAGUGAGAUCAAUUCUUCGUUGAAGCAAGCUGGAAAUUUGGCUCUUGACUGCAGCGAGUUUGGAGAUGAUCGACCCCUCUCUGGUUGCUCCUUUUCCAAGGAUGGAGAAUUUCUGGCCACCUGUUCAUUAACUGGAGUUGCAAAAGUGUGGAAAGCACCUCAAAUAAGUAGAGUUUCUACCUUGAAGGGUCACAAGGAACGGCUGACUGAUGUGACAUUCUCUCCUGUGAACAACUGCUUGGCAACAGCAUCAGCUGAUCGAACUGCAAAACUGUGGGAUACUGAUGGAACUCUUCUGAGAACAUUUGAGGGCCACUUAGAUCGUCUCGCACGCAUCGGAUUUCAUCCAUCUGGAAAAUACAUUGGCACCACAAGCUUUGACAAGACGUGGAGAUUGUGGGACGUUGAUACUGGGGUGGAAUUGCUUCUUCAAGAAGGCCACAGCAGAAGUGUCUAUGGGAUUGCCUUCCAUCACGAUGGAUCAUUGGUAGGAUCUUGUGGACUGGAUUCACUUGCUCGUGUGUGGGAUCUUCGUACAGGGAGAAGUGUUCUAGCCUUGGAAGGCCACGUUAAGCCGGUUCUCGGUAUGAGUUUUUCUCCCAAUGGCUAUCAUCUGGCUACUGGAGGUGAAGAUAAUACUUGUCGAAUCUGGGAUUUGAGGAAGAAAAGGUCGUUGUACGUGAUUCCAGCGCACUCGAAUCUCGUAUCUCAUGUGAAGUUUGAGCCUCAAGAAGGGUAUUUCUUGGUCACUGCAUCAUAUGACACGACUGCCAAGGUCUGGUCAGGAAAGGAUUUCAAGCCUGUCAAGACGUUGUCAGGGCAUGAGUCCAAAGUAACAUCGUUGGAUAUAACUCCAGAUGGAGAAUGUAUUGCAACCGUCUCGCAUGAUCGAACCAUCAAGCUGUGGUCCAGUAGGAGCAGUGAGAAGGAGGGUAUGGACGUUGAUGACUGAGCUCGGCGACAGAACGAGACAGGUUUUCUGAUUGGUAUUGAUAUUCGGCCUGGUUUCUAAACCGGACAGUUUCUGUGUAAGGGCCUUGUGUUCCGUCCCCCUUUUUUCCCCCCUGGAAAUGCUUCAAUUCCAGAAUGUUGGGAUAUCUCUUCCUGUAGGUCCAAACUUUAGGCAACAUAGAACAUGUUAUGUUUUACAGCUACUGAUGGCAAAUGGGUUGUAGCCUACACUCGUAAAACCAGACGACUGUUAUCUCACUCCUUUAGACAUACCGAUAAUCCGCUAUUGGCACUGGGACGACUCGGAUUAAUCACUGUUAUCGACGACAAACUGUUUCAUACCUUUGUUUUAAGCGAGAUUAAAAUUCAUUAAUAACAAGCUCUCCUCGAUGAAGCAAUGCAAGAUCUGAUUGAACAGUAGUCUUCUGGGUUGCAUCUGGGUUUAUCAAAUGGUUACAUGCUAAGCUCUUUCGAAGACAGAGAGGUAUAUGUUUGUCGAACAUCAGAAAGUUGGUAGCAAUUAAUGAAAAUUUUUAAGUUACUUAAUAUAGAAUAAUGAUAAGG